ACUUUGGUUAUAUAUAUAUGUAUAUGGAACGGCUGCCAUCUUUGUCGUUUCUUGGCGUGGUGCAUGGCCGGCUAGAUUACCUAUUUUUGAGUGUAAAAUCGUAUUUAUAUGUUUUGUGUCUUUAGAUGUGGAAAUUCGAUAAUAAUUUUAUCAUGAGUAUGGACAGUAUCGAAAAAUUAUACAAAAAUUUUGGCAUUUUGGCUGAUGCCAAAGAUAAAUUAGCCGAGCAUGAAAAAGAAUAUUUAGAGAUUCUAACAGCAGUGAAAGGAUCACCUAAAGAAAAACGAUUAGCAUCACAAUUCAUUGCAAGGUUUUUUAAAUAUUUCCCAAAAUUGGCUGAUCAGGCUAUAGAUGCCCAUUUAGAUCUUUGUGAAGAUGAGGAUAUGGCUAUCAGGAAACAAGCAAUUAAAGAUUUACCUGCAUUAUGUAAAGAUAAUAAGGAACAUACAGCUAGAAUUGCAGAUAUUUUAGCUCAAUUACUUCAAGCUGAAGAUCCAUCUGAAUUAGCUGUAGUUCAUAAUAGUGUUAUGUCUCUUAUGAAGACAGAUCCAAGAGGUACAAUAAGUGGAUUUUUUAGUCAGAUUAUUAAUGGUGAUGAUGGAACACGUGAGCGUUGCAUUAAGUUCCUAGCAACAAAAUUAAAAGCAAUAGGUCAUGAUAUUAUUACUAAAGAACCAGAAGACCUUUUAAUUUCAGAAUGCAAAAAAGUGUUACAAGAUGUUACUGCUGAUGAAUUUCACAGUAUUAUGGAAGUUCUUGCAUGGACCAGAUUAGGUACAACAAUUAGUGGACAGCAAGAAUUAGUAGAUAUUACAGUUGAACAAGCUGAAUUGUCUGAACCAUUCAAACAUACUAAUGUUGAACAGUGGAAUAGACUUGUACAAUGUAUUAAACAUGCACUUCCAUUCUUUAGUUCUCAAAUAGAUUCAUCACGUUUUGUUUCUUAUAUUUGUAUACAAGUUUUACCGCAUCUUUCUUUAAUUACUUCACCUGAUGGAAGAGAUGUACAAUUGGAGUUAUUAAAACUUCUUGCUGAAUUAGCUGUAUUUUGUGGCACAAUUGAUAAGCCAGAAGAAAAAGUACAACAACUUUAUAAUACUCUUAUUACAUAUAUGCCACUACCUCCAGUCACAGAAAUAACGGAAGUACCACAAUUACAGUUUAGUCAUGUUGAAUGUCUCAUGUAUGCUUUUCAUAAAUUAUGCAAGCAAACACCAGAAUUUUUAAUGAAAGAUCCAGAGCAGCUUAAGGAAUUUAGAUUAAGAUUACAGUAUUUUGCACGUGGUAUUCAAGGUUAUAUAAAAAAAUUACGAGAGGCAAUUAGUGGAAAAUCAGAAGAAGAAUUAAAGUCAGAGGAGAAUCAAUUAAAAGUUGUUGCUUUGAAAACAACAAAUAAUAUUAAUACUUUAAUCAAAGAUUUAUUUCAUUCACCACCCAGUUUUAAAAGUGUUAUACAUCUUUCAUGGAAAACAACAGCUAAUGACAAAAAGAAUGAAAAGCAUUCAUCUGCUCAGAAGAGACAUACACCAAUUACAUUUGGAAAUGACAGCAAUUCUAAUAAACGAAGUAAAGAGGAUAAAAGUAAAAGGGAAUUAUAUACUCCUCCUAGUGGAAAAUAUAGUUCAAACAUAUCAUCAAAUUAUGGUCGAGGUAGAUUUAGAGGAAAUAGGUCAGGUGGUCGAGGUGGUUAUAGACCGCGAGGUCGUGGAACGUGGAGAAAAAAUUUUUACUAACUUUCUGAUUAUUUAAAUUUUUAAAAAGCAUGAAAUGGUAAAAGCUGCAAUAAUAUAAAAACUAUAUCAGGCCUGUAAAAUGUACAUAUAAAAAUGAAGAAUGUAAAAGUGAUUAUUUACAGAAAGUGCUUUUUAAAAAAAGUGACAAAGGAAAUACAACUUUUUUGUUCGAUAAAUCUUAGUGUAAAGAAAGUGUUUUCUUGUGAAAGCUUUAAGUACACACCAUACAUACAAGUUUCAAACACAAAAUUAUAAGGAUCAAUAAUUCACUGAACACAGUGGUAAUCACUAACAAUUGUCAUAAUGAAAUAUUGACAUUUAAAGAAGAGAAGAUUGGUGUGAAAAUAAUAUACUAAUUGUGUUAUGACAAUUUUUUUAUUGUUAAACAAAUGAAAAAUACAAUUUGGAGAAACUUGAGUUUGGAAAAAGUGAAUAAAUACGUGGGAAGAAGUGAGCAAGAUGACAUCAUGAACUUCAAGAAGUGUUUAUUAUGAAACUAUUAAUCAGGUACUUUAACAGGCAAUACAACAAAUAAAAUAAUGACGAGAAAAUGGUGCAAGGACACAGUAUGUGAAUCAUUUGAAAUGAAGAAUUAUCAAAUAUCAGAACCAAAAAUUUCAUAUAGAGAAUAUUUAAAAAUUCAUACUGUACAAUGACCGGUUUGUGCUAUGACAUGGACACUGGUGUUACACGUAUUUGCAAAAGACAGACAAUUUCUUUCUUCCACAACAACUCUAGAUGUUAAAAUAGUAUCAAAAUGUAUUCCUGUAUUUCCUAGUUCUUCCUAUUCCUCUUUCUAGAUAACAUUUUUUAUUUCUUUUGCCAACAGGAAAGCGACGAUUGGAAUAAUUGAAGAAACGCCAAAUGGAAUAUCUUUUGAAAAUAUAAUAAAAUCAAAGAAACUUAAAGAGACCUUUUGUUUUCAAUUUCUCAAAUUAUAUUAGUUAUAUUUACAACUACAUUUACAUAUUUUUUAUUUAUUAUUUCUAUUCUACAGUAUAAAAUAUUUAGCUUUUUUAUCAAUUAAAUAAAUUUUUUUUAUUAAAAUAAUUGAUUUAAGUAUAAAAGCAAUAUAAAAUUAUUAAAAUCUUUUAUAAAUUUAUAAAUAUAAAUGAAAAAUAUAAUACAAGUCUAAAAGUUUCUUUGAUUAUAUAGAAGUAAAGAUAUAAUUUUUAUUGCAUACUUUUUAUUUUGCAGAUGCUGUAUGUGAUUCUUGUUGAAUGGAUAGCAAAGCAGAGCAAAAAUAAUCAUUUUUUGAUUACAGAUUACCAGAUCAAGGAGGAAGUUUAAUAAGGAAAGAUUAUAACUUUAUUCUUUUCAGGAAUUGAGGCAUGGUUGUAUAUUAUCUUUUAUUUGUAUAUUCAUGGUAGCUGUUUUGUAAGGUGAGUUUAAAAACAUAUUGUGUCCUUUUCCUAUCCACCAUUGAAUAAAAAUUGUGUAAUGCUAAUAAUAAUAUAAUAAUAAUUCAUGAAUAUAUUAUCAUUUAAUUUAAUAAAUAAUAAUAUUGCAUAA